GUGGAACGGAAGAUGCGGGGAGGUGGAACGAAAUCGCGCGUGCUGAUGGACAGAUUUGUGCUGACAAGGGCUGGGGCCUCGCCCGUGCACUUGAACCGAUUAGCCAGCGACCGAAGUUUGAGCUCGCGACCUUGUGCCCCCCMCCCGCUCUCUUWCCCCCCCCCCCCCCUCUUGGCAGCGGUCGUGUUCGUCCUCGGACUGACUUUGUCUUUUGUGACGAGCAAAGGCAGUCGAUUUGUUGUGCGUGCUGCUGGUGCGUUGCGUUGCCUGGCAGACGAAAGAGAAGCGAGUUCAGAGUGCAUAUCAUCAGCAUGCUAUGGGCGGCCUGUCUUAUGUGGCUGUUCUUGUCGGUGUUCGUCUCACCCUGUUGCUGCAUUGCGACUCCUCGAAAAAAGAGCGAGCUAGAGGUUCUGCUGCUGUUGCGAGAUGCAUUGGACCCCGGCGGAAGAGUGCUUGGCGGCUCAUGGCAACCGCAUGGGGAUCCGUGUGAUACCGGCAGUGGUUUUCUUGGAGUGGAGUGCGACGCUCAUGGCCGCGUCAGCCGCCUUCGCCUGGAUCGACGCCGUCUCUUAGGCGUGGUCCCGGGGGAGAUCGCUGGCCUCACCCAACUGCAAGUCGUGAAUUUGAGUCACAAUUCGCUAACAGGGCCGAUCCCCUUGGAAAUCGUCAGUCUCCAGCAACUGAGGGCCGUCGAUCUCUCCUAUAAUCACCUGUGGGGUGAUUUGUCCGCUGACUUUUUGCGAUGGGCCAGGGAUAUCGAUGUUCGCCUUGCGGCCAACGACUUCGCCGUCGCUCGUGAUGAGCCGAUGCCACUGCCAUCCCUGCGGACAGCGCCGUUGCCUAUGUUAAUUCGGAAGCCGUUGCGGGCUCGCGACGGCAGCAGCGGCCGCAGUGACGGAGGAGGAGGAGGAGGAGGAGAAGGUAGGAAAAUAAAAGGAAACAAUGACCAUGGCAAUUGGUCAAACCAUCUUUGGUCAGCGGCUGAGCAUUUGGCGUCGUUCGUCAGAUUCGUGAGUCAUACCGCCCAGCGUCUCAAGAGUGCCUUUUCUUCCUCUGCUCUCCUGUUGGGGAGAGAAGGUCUUCUGGGGAGCGAGAAAGAUGUCGAUCUUCUCAUUGGGAAGUCCCUUGCUGGGAGAGCGGCCAUUGUCCAAGAAGACCAGCCGGGGCGGGAAAGGGAGGAGAACGCGACGGUGUUUCUGCCUGAGGGUCAUGACGGAGGCGAAGAAGAAGAAGAACAACAAAAAGAUGAAGAAGGAGGAGGAGGAGGGUUCUUUUUUCAGUCGAUCGCCGGCACUGGUUCAUCGACCUCCGCCUCUUCUCUGCGCGAUUUCCCUCAUACGAAUAUCAAGCCGUCUCAUCGAGGAGUUGGAAUGCUUCGGCGAUGGCUGACGGGAUCUCCGUCGCCACCUCGGUCGUCGUCGUCGUCAUCAUCAUCGUCGUCUUCGCCGUCCUCCUCAGCUUCGUCUCGAUGUUCUACUACUCCUUGUAAGGACGGAAGGGGGAAGCAACAACAAUCGCACACUCCCGGCAGCGUCCAGUUUGCGGAAGCAGGUUCGCCGCCCCUCAGUACCGUGAGUUCCGACGAUCAGGGUUCGAUCCCUAGCUCUGCGAGUCCUCCUGUUUCGAGGAGUCUGGCGACGGUGUCGUCAGUGCCACCUCCGGCGAGUCACCAUGUAAGCAGCAACGGUUCUCAGCCGCAGCCGGCGCCUGCAGGGGCGCAGCGGAACCGCACGGAUCCUGGGCAUCACGAACAGACGCAGCAGCAGCUGCCGGUCGGACCGCCGGGCGAGAUCAAAUACGAACCUCCGGCGAGAAUCGGGGGGGGAGGGGACACGUCGUUGUCGAACGAGCAAUCGAGCGGGGAAGAGGGGGGGGGGGGGAGGGGGGCCGCGAACUUGAGCGGGGAGGGGGGAACGAUGGGGGACUUUUACGGAUCGAGAAGCGGAAUGGUGAGGACGGAGGAGCUGAACAAGUUGUCGGUGGUCUUGGCGGCGGCGUUCGCGUUUCUCUUCACGUUGAUGAUAGCGCUGUUUUGCAUCUGCUGGUGCAUGAAGCUGAAGAAGACGCGGCUGAGCGGGGUGUCCAGGUCGGGAUCGUCGCCCUUCUCGGAGUUGAAGGACAAAGGGGGGGUGUUUCCGAUAGGCGGGGGGAUGGGAGAGUGGCAGACGCUCUCGGUGCACCCGUCGCCGAACACACACCUGCCGCCGGGCCACAUGUUCAUGGGGUCUCCCGGGAUGAACGGGCGAGUGUCGUACGACGCCAGAUCGCUGGGAUCCAUUGCGUCCUCGUUGGGACCGCCAGCGGGACAGAACAACCCGUCGGGAUGGGGAACCUGGUACACCUACCAGGACCUUCACACUGCCACCGACGGGUUCGAUAACAAGAAUGUGUUAGGGGAGGGCGGCUACGCGGUGGUCUACAAAGGCAAACUCGACGACGGAUCCUACGCGGCAGUCAAGUACAUUCGCAAUACCAAAGGACAGGCUGAGAGGGAAUUCCGCGUCGAGGUUGAUGCGAUCAGUCGUGUGCAGCACCGGCAUCUUGUUAGGUUGAAGGGAUGUUGUGCAGAUGACAUGCAUAGGGUGCUCGUGUACGAGUAUAUCUCGAAUGGCACUCUUGAGGACCACCUGCACAAAAGAAAAGACGGACCAGCGUUGAGCUGGAAAACAAGAAUCAAAAUUGCCCUUGGAGCAGCGAAGGGGCUUGCUUAUCUGCAUGAGGAGAGUGAUCCGAAGAUCAUUCACCGGGAUGUGAAGUCCAGCAAUAUCUUAUUGGAUGAUGAUUUCAAUGCGAAAAUGGCGGAUUUCGGGCUAGCGAAGGUCAUGAAAGAUGAAACAUCUCUCGUCAACACAAGAAUCAUGGGAACAUUUGGAUAUGUCGCACCGGAAUAUGCCAGCUCUGGCCUUUUGACUGAGAAGAGCGACAUCUACAGCUUUGGGGUUCUUCUUCUCGAGAUGGUCUGUGGCAGAAAGCCUAUUGAUUAUCACCGUCCUCCACUGGAGGUAAAUUUGCUUUCGUGGGUGCGACUGAUGAACAAGAGAGGAAUGUUGGCGAAUGUGUUAGACCCAAGAUUGGGAAGGAACAAUGUUCCAGCUGAAUCUCUUCAGCGGGUGGUGAAUAUGGCAUUGCGAUGCUGUGAUAAGGAGAUUAGCAAUCGUCCCAGCAUGGGCCUGAUUGCCCGCCAGAUGGAGGUGGAGAUGGACUAUUGCAACCAUCCAGAAGCGUAUGCAAGUGCAGAGGCAGCAGUACAGAGCAACAGCGUUCUAAGCAGCGGGGGGUGCUUGCUCAGUCCCUGCUACGGAAGUCACACGCUUCACUACCUGAGUGGUUUUCCGGGAUUAGGACUGGUGCCGGGGGCAAGCCAAGCAGGGCGCAGCAGCUGUGGCACCCCAGGAGGAGGAGCAGGCGGUGGUGCAGCGGGGAAGAAGCAAGGAGGAGGAGGAGAAAAUACUCCGCUGACCGCAGUAUCUCUGUCCGGUAGCGCCUCGCCACACGCAAAGAUUCGUGGUGAGAACAAGUUUGAGAAGAAGACUCCGGAGGGGGCUCUCAAAAAAUUCAGGGAUGUUCAAAGACCACCCGGGAAACCUCCCCUCGCUUCAGCAAGUCUAAAGCCAGGCAUGGCAUCACAGGGCUGCAAGCAUGGAGUGCCUGUGGAUGAAGAGCCUCCCGCUGAGGUCAGUGUCCACCAGCAGCAGAGGAGAUUAUGUCCGAGUGGGGGGGGUGAGGGUGGGUGCCUGGGAGCAUCAGGCUCAGACGGAGGGUUGGUGAGGGGGGGCGAGAUGGAGAUGAGACAGGCGGUAUACUUUCUCAGCAUUCAUUCCUGGUUCUGCAGCUGCGAGCAUGGAGUGCCUGUGGGUGACGAGCCUCCCGCUGAGGGUCCUGGUCGAGUUGCGAGAGGAGAGGGCUUUUGGGAGCUCAUGGACUCAGGCUGGAGGGCAAUUCUCUAGCAUGUGACAAACACUUAAGAAUGACCUGGCCUCAGUCAGAUUGGGGUGGACCUUGUUGAGCCCCUCAGGGCCCUGGUUGCGUUUCGGGGGCAGAGUGCUUUUGGGACCGCGGGAUGGAGGCUGGAGGGUGAUUGCCGUGCAGGCAACAAACAGUUAAGAACCCCUUUUCUUUUCUUUUCUUUUCUUUCUUUUUUAAUUUUAAAUGCUUUUCGUUUUAAAAUUAAAAAACAAUAAUAAUGAAUAGGCUCUUCGUAU